AUGAAGAUGGGGGUGGCGAGGAAGGGCAAGGCUGGCAACAGCAGGGCCCAGUGCUACCUCACUGCAGCUCUGCCCAAGCCCUCGCGAAUCUCGUCCUCAGAAGAUGCCACACAGAAAGAGGACGGACUGUUCUCACGGAGCUUUGACUGUCCUCACGCCCCACACAGAAGGCUGGAAACCUGCCAGCUCCACCUGCCAGCUCCACCUGCCAGCCGCCUCCCGCACAGAGAUCGUGGGGACCAGGCAACACUGGGCCAUCGGGAGAAGAGUCCUGAAGUCCAGGAGCGGCGCUUCAAGUGCACCGGGCAGGAGGCUCUGGAAGCGGCAGCCGGUGCCGGUGCAGGAAACCUGGCGGAGAAGCAGCGCUCUCAGCAGCCUCAGGUCAUCACUUCCUAUGACAACCAAGGGACGCAGCUGACUGUGGAGGUCCACCCCCAAGACGCCAUGCCCCAGCUGCUCAAGAAGUUCUCCUUGGCUAAACGUUUACAAGGCGAUAAAAAUGGAAACACAAGACCCCGGCAGCCUGGAGGGAAAGAUGCUCAUGCCUACCCCUGGGACCGGUCCAGCCUGAAGUCCAUGCCACUGGACCUGCGGCAGUUUGAGGCACUGGACACUUAUGCCUCGCAGGUGACAGUCAAGAGUGGCCUGGACGAGCUGGUGAGUGACCUGCUCCAGGAGGCCCACAGUGACCUGGAAAGGGUCCGCGCCAUCUGGAUCUGGAUCUGCCACCACAUAGCCAGUGGCCAGAGCAGCCUUCACUCAGCAGCAGCCCUCCUAAGUCCUGGCUUCCUAGUAAACCUGACCCAGAGAGAUGAGAGCCCAAGACACAGGGUCAUCUCCAAGAAGGAUGACCACUGCUUGGGGAAGUUACAGCUGUUUGAAAAGUUAUUGAUCGCUGGAGUGCAGUGCAUGACCGUGCCUGGCUACUCCAAGGGCUUCGGCUACCAGACAGGCCAGAGUUUCUCUGGGGAGUUCGACCACGCCUGGAAUGCUGUGCACCUGGAGGGCAGAUGGCACCUGGUGGACAGCACCUGGGGCAGCGGUCUGGUGGAUACCACCACCUCCAAGUUCACCUUCCUCUACAACGAGUUCUACUUCCUCACCCACCCCGCGCUGUUCAUCGAGGACCACUUCCCAGACAACAAGAACUGGCAGCUCCUGAAACCCCCUCAAUCUCUGAGGCAGUUUGAGAACAACAUGUACCACAAGAGUGAAUUCUACAACAAGGGGAUGCUGAGUGCCCACCCGGAGACCCCCAUGAUCAGAACAGUGAAUGGAAAGGCCACAGUCACCAUUGAGAGCUGUGCCCCAACGCUGUUCAUGUUUAUGCUCAACGGCAAGCAGGAGCACGGGCUGCUGAGCCUUAGGAAGGACGGGAUGAAGCUGGAGGUGUAUCCUCCUACCCUGGGCACCCACAAGCUGCAGAUCUUUGCUAAAGGCAACUCCGACAUCUACAGCUCAGUGCUGGAGUACACACUCAAGUGCAACUACGUGGACAUGGGUGUCCGGCUGCCAGCUGAGCUUCACCAGCCCGUGGGCCCCAGCUGGUUCUCGGAGCAGAUGGGCAUUGUGAAGCCCUCCCACCCGGACCCCAUCAUCCACACCAGCGAUGGACGCUGCUCCGUCAGCUUUGGCGUGGAGGAGGGCAUCAGCGUCCUGGCUUCCCUGCAUGGAGACGACGGCCCUGUCACCGAGGAGACGCAGCGGCGCUACAUCUUCCAGCUGCACCGGGAGAAGCGGACCGAGCUGAAAGUCCAGCUGCCCCAUGCCGGCAAGUUUGCCCUCAAGAUCUUUGUCAAGAAAAGGCAGGAACCGGGCAACUACAUCUUUGUCUUCAAUUACCUCCUGUGCUGUGCCAACACCAAGGUGAACUGGCCCGUGUUUCCUGAGAGCUUUGGCAACUGGGGGCAGGACAAUGAGCUGCUGGAGCCUCUGUCAGGCGUGCUUCCUGCCAACCGGAACAUCCCAUUCAAAUUGAAGCUGCAUGGUGUCGCCAAAGCCCUGGUGAAGGGGCAGGACACAUGGCCCCUGACCCUGAACCACGAGGGUUACUGGGAGGGCAGCUGCAGCACAGCCGGCUGCCAAGAAGUCUAUGUCAUGGUGCUGGAGAAUGCCAACCACAGCUUCUACUCCUACAUCCUCAAGUACAAAGUGAAUGCCCAGUGA